GUUGAAAAUGUCUGUGAAGACAUCAUGCCCUGUGCAUCUCUAUUCAGGGUUAGUUCACUACCGAAACAUUUUCUGGACUGACGUUUUCAUCAAUGAAUGUGAUUUGGGUCUGACUGACAGACGAUAAUGCAGAACAUCAAGUGCGUCGUAGUUGGAGAUGGUGCCGUUGGGAAAACCUGCCUCCUGAUUUCCUUCACCACCAAUGCUUUUCCUAAAGAAUACGUCCCAACUGUCUUCGACAACUACAGCGCACAGCUUACAGUAGACGCAAAACUCAUCAAUCUGAACCUGUGGGACACGGCGGGUCAGGAGGAAUACGACCGUCUGCGGACUCUCUCCUAUCCGCAGACCAACGUCUUUGUCAUUUGCUUCUGCAUCACCAGCCCUGCAUCCUAUGAGAACGUCAAGCUAAAGUGGUACCCCGAGGUGUCCCAACACUGCCCUAAUGUGCCCAUUCUGCUGGUGGGGACUAAAAAGGAUCUGAGAGAUGACCCAGAGGUUCUGAAUAAGCUGAAGGAGAACAACCAGUCACCUAUCACCCAGCAACACGGCGGAGCGCUGGCCCGACAGAUUCAAGCCAGCAAGUACAUUGAGUGCUCAGCGCUCAACCAGGACGGCGUGAGUGAAGUGUUCACGGAAGCGGUUCGCAUUUACCUCAACCCAACGCCACCAGCUUCCAAAAAAACAAAGUGUGUGAUACUGUAAAUGUUCUGGGACAUAAAUAUGAUAUAUUUUUAAAUAUAUAAUAAUGAAAUAUUUAAAGGUUUUGGGGUUUUUUCACAUGUACUGUAAAUGAAAACAUAUACAAUAGUCAUAACAGUAACACUUAAAUGUACAGUAGAAACACUUCAGCAUGAUGUAACAAAAGCAUGUAUUUAAAAAAAGGCCUACAGCACAGACACACUUUACAAGAAAACAUUUUACAUGUGUCCUAAGCAUUCAAAAGCAAUCUUUUGGGGCCAAUGUAUGUUAAUAGCAAAAAUAAAUUAAUAAAAAAUAUACUUUUUUAGAUUGCGGAGAAGGACAUAUUGUAACAGUAAUGUGGAUUUAAUAAAAACUUAAAGGAAAUGUGUUACUAUGUAUGCAGAUAUUUUAUGCAAUUGCAGAAACUGAAAUUGGUCACCUGUCAUCUUUUGUCUUUUUCUUUCCUUUUUUUUGUCACUCAUACUAAGGUCAAGUAAACAAAAAUGAUGACAGAAGUUUUUGUGUGAACUAUCCCUUUAAAAUGUGUUAAUUUAAGCAAAAUACCCCCUAAUGUGACUGACGGAUUUACUUUCCUUCCAUAAGAAAAUAUAUGAGAACAUCAAGAGUGCACAGCUGGACAAAUCUAGAGAUGUAAAGACUCGUUUGCCCACAUCGAGCAAAUUAUUAGACUUCAUGGAUAAACUAACAUACAUGAUGUCAUGUAAUGCUAAAGUCUCGCCAGAUCUAAAAGGUUUUCGGAACUAUUGUGUACAGUAUCACCAUGUUCACAUACAUUGUCAUGAUAUUAAUAGCUGUGUUCAUGAAAUGCUGACUUUAUACUUUUAUGCACACUAAAAGAAACCAUUUCUGAAAAUCUGGGUACUUACCUCAUGAUUACAAAACCCAACGUCCAUUAGUUUCAGCUUCAGUUUGUGGCUGCUUAUGAAGCGAUUUUUAUUCUUUUUAUGUAUCUUUUGUGCUGUCAGU